UGCGCCGGCACUGUGGAGACGAAACCGCCAUUUCACCCCACGCCUCCUAAACCCCUCCACACAUCGCCUGGCGCUCACCAAAGAAAAAAGCGCCAGCUCAUCAGCCCAUCCCACACUCGUCCGCCUCUCCUGGCCAAAUCCAUGCCUGUGUAAAAAUUGCCUUUUCUCUCCUCUGCUCCUCUUGCACACAACCUUUCUACUUUAUUCCAACAAUGUCGGCUCCACCAGCACAAGCUACUGCGCAGCAGCUGCAGCAGAACCUGGGCAAGAGAAUAUCGCGGAUCGUAUUCAUUGCGCUGCUGCUGGACAUACUGUCGUUCACCAUCAUCCUGCCGCUACUGCCGCGCUCCUUGGAGGCUUACAAAUCGCGCGAGGGCGCCGACGCAACCACUCUGCUGGGCUCGAUUCUGCAGCACGUGUCGUCGCUGCGCCAGCAGAUCCUGUCGCUGGCGGGGCCGCGGGCCUCGCGGUUCUUGCUCCAGGGCUCGCGGGCCGACCUGGUUCUGCUGGGCGGUCUGUUGGGGUCGCUCUACUCGCUCCUGCAGUGCCUUGUGGCACCAGUCAUUGGCAGGGCGUCGGACAGGCUGGGCCGGCGUCGGACAAUGAUGUUCUGCAUGGCGGGGAAUGUUGUGUGGACAGUGCUAUGGAUCUUCUCGACCGGAUUCGAGUCGUUCCUUGUCGCCAGGGUAAUUGCAGGGCUCAGCGAAGGCAAUGUGCAGCUAUCGCAUGGCAUGGCGCUGGUGGGCAUUGCCUUUGCUGUCGGGUUCACGCUGGGCCCGUCCAUCGGCGCGUAUUUCGCCAGCCUGCCACUGGAAGCCGAGUCAUCGGCCUUCGCCUAUGCGCCAUUCGCCACAGCCGCCGUGUUCUCCCUGGGCCUGCUUGUCCUGGAAAGCGCUUAUCUCUACGCCAACCUACCCGAGACGCUUGACUUCAAGCAUUCGGCGGAGCCCAAGGUGGACGAGGGGACAAGUGAGCUGCCAGCAAGCAGCCCGGGCGAUCGGCAUGUUGCGAAGGUGCUGCGGCGGCUCAACUGGACGCAUUUCGCUUAUCUGUUCUUUUUCUCGGGCAUGGAGUACACGCUGACGUUCCUGACCCACGACAAGUUUGAUUUCUCGAAUGCCCAGCAGGGCAAGCUGCUCUGGCUUCAUCGGCAUUGUCGGGCAAGCCGCGACAAGGCUCUGGUUGCCCAGGGCAUGGCUGGCUGCGCACUCGGCCUGCUUUCCAUCGCCAUCUGCGCUUUCAAGGCAGAGGCCACAGGCUACUCGGCACCCUCGUGGUGGCUGUGGGCUGGCUCGUUUGGCUUUGCUGUUGCCUCGGCCACUGUUGUCAACUGCCUGAACUCGAUGGUCUCGCUGGCAGGUAGCCAGGGCAUGGCCCCCAAGGACACAGGCAAGCGGCUGGGCGAUUUUCGGUCUGCGGGCCAGAUUGGCCGGGCGCUGGGCCCAAUGUUUGCGUGCUCGGUCUACUGGCUCUCAGGCGCUGCCGUAUGCUACCUCAUUGGCGCCAUCGCUGUCGCUGCCAUCACCACAGUGUUUGUGUCAACCAUCCCCUAGCUCUUCAGAAUGUUCAUUACACGUACUCCAGACAACGGAUAAAACUACAGCCAUAUCAAUUCCUUGCACUUGCAAUCCCUGCCAUCACAAUAUUGCUGGCUUUGUGCAUGGAGCAUGUAUGUUUGCGAGUCCAGGAGCUCGUAUAUGUGUGAGAGCCUCGCUGAUGGCAUUUUCACGCCCAACAUAAGAGCGAUGCAUAUAGCCAUUUGCUGCGGCGAUGCCUGAUCAUUUAUUCUGCUGAAGCUAGCUAGACCCGACCUGUUUGCUACUUGGCCUUGGAUGCAUAUAGAGCACAGCUCACCUCACAUGCGCCAUGGCAAUCGUCACAGUGUCUGGAGGACUCAAAAGCCGCCAGUGUUCGAAAGAACUGGACGUUUUAUUUUUGGGAAUUGUGAGGCGCGUUCUAUGUGGAAGAGGAGGGCAGAG